UAUUGAAAUAAGUACCACAAAGAUUUUAAUCCUGAACCUCGUAUUACUAAGUGUUCACCAUCAGUUUCUGCUGAAACAGUCAGUUAUUCAGCAACAACAGGCAAAUAUCCACCUGUACCUGCAAACAGAGAGUGAACAACAAUGAAAACGUCGCAACGGCGCGAUAUUAAGGAGACUCCAAUGGAUUCUGGCUAUUCGUGGAUAGUUCUCAUCGCUUCGUCGGGCAUUUACAUGCUUCUUGGUGGAACUGCAAAAGCAUAUAGUGUUCUCUACACCGAGUUCUUGCUGUACUACGGGUCCGGAUCUGGACAAACAGCGUGGAUAGGCAGCGUCAACUCUUUACUCUUCUUUGCUAUGGGGCCAAUAGGGAACCGUCUGUCAGAAGUGUUCACGUUCCGCAAGGUGGUGUUGUUCGGAGGACUUCUGCAUGGAAUUGGGGUGUUCGCCAGUGCAUUCAUGCCUUUUAUGGAACUUCAUUAUUUAACCAUAGGUCUAAUAAACGGUGUGGGUGGAGGACUGGCAUUUUCUCCAGCGAACACAAUCGUAAGCUUUUACUUUGAGAAGAGACGGGCAUUGGCAAGUGGUAUAAUGAUAUCAACAGGAGGACUGGGUAGUUUUCUGUUUCCAAUUGCUUACAGGUUUUUAAUAGACAUGUACGGGAUCCAGGGUGCGCUCAUGAUAAUUGGUGGUUUCUUAUUAAAUACCUGUGUCUUCGCUAUGCUUCUAAAACAGCCUUCUCAAAUUGUACAAAAGUUCAAGAAAGCAAAUAAUGGUGACAUUGACAACAUUAAGACCAAUACAGAUGGAGUCGUUCAAAAAACCGCAGAAAUCGACAAAGAAAGUGAGGAAAAUACUUUAUUGCAAUACAAUGAACGACAACUGGAAAUGAAAGGGGAUAGCAAAAACAAGAAAUUAAAUCGACCAACUUUAUCGCUUUCCAGCUUAUUCAAUUUCUCCUUAUUUCGUAAUCCAAAAUUUGCGAUGUAUGCUAUAGCGUAUACAGCAAAUACAUUUGCGUACAUAGGAGUCUUCACUGCACUUCCGGCCCAUAUCAUAGCGCUAGGUCACGGUAAAGGAAAGGUUGUUAUGGCGCUCUCAAUCACAGGAGCAAUGGAAAUAAUCAGCAAACUCUUCUUUGGUUGGAUUGUGGAUCUCAAAAUAAUCGGCGUGAAAAAGUUGCUCUUAUUGACGUUUGUUGUGAGCGCUAUUUCCACCAUGGUGAUACCAUUCUUUAAAGACUUCACUGCUGUCGCUGUAUAUGCUGGGAUGGUAGGUGUGUUUCCGGGAAGUUAUUUCACAUUAAUGGCGGUCGUACUGCUACAGUGUAUUCCUCUGACGGAUCUGACAAGCGGGUUUGGUCUGAUGAUGCUAUGUUUGUCAUUCGGCGCAGUUCUCUGUCAACCAAUAGCAGGCUGGAUAGAGGACGCCACGGGGACCUGGGACGCCUCUUUCCGGUUCCUUGGCGGUAUGACGUGUUUGGCCACUGUUGUUGUACUCUUGGAGCCUUUAUUUGUCAAACACUGGUUCUUGAGAGUAAAACCUACGGAAGAUGUAAAUACCAAACACCAGGAAAUGACGUCAGAUCUGAAGGAAUCUGGUACUCUUGAUAGGAGAUACAGUCUGGAGGUUGUAUCACAAACAGAAAAAGACUACAAUACUGUAUUAUAGAUUAAUAAUUUUAAUGUUUUUAAGAAUAUAUUUUAAUAUGUUUUAAAGAUUAAAAUCCAUCUUAUGAUCGAGGGUAAUAGGAAAUGAAUCAGUAAAAAUAGGUGUAAAUUAUAACAUGGACAAUGUAUUUCGUUUAAUAUUGGAUGUCGAUAAAUUAACAUACAUGUAACACAAUUAUCACUAACAAAAUCGGACUUUAACGAGUAAAAUGACAACAACGUCAUGUAUGAUGGAUUUUUUCAUACAGUUGUCAAUUCAACAAUGUGCUUCCCACCAUAAACAGAACGCCUGUUCUUUUUUUUAUUACUCUUGAUACCGUUUGAAGAUGUAGUAUCUUAUAUUUCCAUUUGCUCUACAAAUCUCGGAUCAUAAUACUCACAUAAUUUCCAUUGGUGUAGUGACAUGUUCGUGACGUUGUAACUUAAUGACGUCGUUUUGACCGACGUCACUAUAAUAAGUGUAGUUAUGUUGUGUAAAAUGUGAAUAUCCUCACGGUGGAAUAUUUUGAUCAAAUUGUUGAAAUAAAAUGGAUGAUUUUGUGUUUAUUUUCACGAACUAUAUUGUUUCGCCGGGAACGGUCGCGUGUACUCGUGACGUCACAAGAACAGGUCCCAUUGACAGACAUCGCGAAAUUUGACUUUGAAAUGCGAUAGCAGGUUGGAAUUCAUAUUCGAUCUGUCUGCAAUCCCGUGAGAAUUAUAGGACAAUAACUUUCCAAAGAAGGCAGUUUGAUGCUUAAAUAACCAGGCUUACCUCAAACGUUAUAUGUUCACAUUCUCUUCGUCAAUAUUAUCUUUUCAUGAAUUUAUUAAAACGAUGAUACUACACUAUUUAAAAUAGCGAAGAGAUGAACAAAGAAAUAUGUUUGCAUAAUAGCAAAGACAUGAGUAAAUGUGUGUCUAUAUUUUCUGCCUUCAUAACGGCAAAGACACGAACAAAAGUAAUAUGUAAUUACAAUAUAUAUAAAGCAUAGAAAUUAAGUAAUUUGUGAUUUAAGUAUCCAUAAGGACAAAGAAAUAAACAAAAUAGUAUGUGUUUCCUAGUAUUCAUAUUAGCAAAGAAAGGAACAAAUGAUAUUAAUCGCUGUAUGCGGAUAUGAAUAUUCAUGAUGGAGGGACAUAAUCAUGAUAAUAAUGUCCUGCGAAAAUUCAUUUAUUUAUGAGAGGAACCGUGGUGCCGAAAGGUUAAGGCGACUGACAGUCUACGAUCGCUAGCCCUCUACCACUGGGUCGCGGGUUUGGGUACGCUGGCAGUCGCCAGGUACACA